UCCACCCUCAAAGUACGUUUCGCGGCAGCAGUUUUCUCACAACAACGACUAACCACGGUAUAAAUAUUACCCUACCAGUUUUCAAGUACGAUUAGCUUGCUUUGUUGUCCGUUGAAGGAAAUGAAAGAUAAUUUAAAUUUUUAGCAUUUAUAAAAUAUCUUGCGAGAUGGAUGGUCAAGCUAGGGAAGUUCAUGCUGCUGAAGAAGAAACAAUAACUGAUAUCCAAAAUUAUCUAGCAUCUUUUAACAAAGAGAUACAGAAUGGAACCCCUUCUUCUGGAGGAGCUACUGUAUUUCAUCAAAUGCCCGAAGGUACACACUUAGUGGCUGCUUUAAACGAGCAGUCUGGAGUAGAACCAUCUGCCGAUGGGGCCACUACGUACUAUGUUACUCAUUCCGCUGAUGGUUCCAGUCUGCAGGGCUAUCAUUAUGAUCCAAACGGUCAGGUAAACCAUGGCCAUAAUGAAGAAUUGAUUCAAGUUGUGCAAAGCCAUGGAGCUACUAUGGCUACCCAGGUUUCUGAACAACCAAAUUUUGUCGCUAUGCAACCAAGAUCAUCUGCAGGUCAUCAUUUGGAAGGUGCUCAGCAAGUAAUUGUGUCAGACAGAAGUCAAGGAUUAGCAGCAUUAAUGAGCCAAGAUGAAGCUGCCCAUGUGCAUAAUGUAGUAAGCCAACAGAAUACCACCGAGCAACAGACCAUACGUAUGGUAGUGAGGCAGCCGGACGGCACAGAAACUGAGCAAACUCUUCCCGUUUCAUCAUCGGGAUCUGGUGGCUCUACACUAGUUACCAGUGAUGGUCAGGAGAUUCAUGUCAGUGAUGAAGGAACUCUACAGAUGAUGGCCAACUUAGCUGACCAGACCUCAGCAGGUGGUGGUGGAGAUGGAAACAAUCAGGUGCUUUUAAAUACUGGUAACUCUUAUCAGACAGUAACUAUUGUACCAUCUGAUACAAACCCUGGAGAAGUCAGCUACGUUCUGAUAGUAUCACAACCAGAUGAAAACAAAGAUGAUCAAAAAGGGUUAAACAUGGAUAUGUCCGUGUAUGAUUUCAAUGAAGUAGGAGAGAAGUAUGGAGAGGUAGUAAAAGAAGAAGCCUCUCCGGAUGGAAGUAAGAUGCGUACAAUCAGAAUCUCACCAAAGAAAAGCCAAACAGUCACUCAGGCACAUAUGUGUAAUUAUUGUAAUUACACUAGUCCAAAACGAUACCUUUUGUCUCGACACAUGAAGUCUCACUCUGAGGAGAGACCUCACAAAUGCAGUGUGUGUGAAUGUGGCUUUAAAACUUUAGCCUCUCUUCAAAACCAUGUAAAUACCCACACUGGUACAAGGCCACAUCACUGCAAAGAAUGCGACUCUUGCUUUACAACUUCAGGAGAGCUGGUUCGUCACGUUCGUUAUCGUCACACUCAUGAAAAGCCUCACCGCUGUACGGAGUGUGAUUAUGCUAGUGUAGAAUUGAGUAAACUCAAAAGGCACAUGAGGUGCCACACUGGUGAGCGUCCAUAUCAGUGUCCCCACUGCACAUAUGCCAGUCCUGACACUUACAAACUUAAGCGCCAUUUAAGAAUUCAUACGGGAGAAAAGCCAUACGAAUGCGAAGUAUGUCACGCCCGAUUUACUCAGUCAAACAGUUUGAAAGCUCACAGAAUGAUCCAUUCAGGAAACAAACCUAUGUACCAAUGUGAGUUUUGUCCCACCACGUGCGGCCGAAAAACAGACUUGCGGAUCCACGUUCAAAAGCUACACACUAGUGAUAAACCAUUAAAGUGUAAGCGAUGUGGCAAGUCAUUCCCAGAUAGGUAUUCGCUAAAAAUUCAUGUGAAGACUCACGAGGGAGAGAAGUGUUUUAAAUGUGAUCUGUGCUCCUAUGCCUCUAUUUCACAACGUCACCUAGAAUCCCAUAUGUUAAUCCAUACUGACCAGAAGCCAUUCCAUUGUGAUGAGUGUGACCAGUCUUUUAGACAGAAGCAGUUGUUAAAGAGACACAAGAAUUUGUACCAUGACCCGAACUACAUCCCUCCUGUUCCUCGAGAGAAAACACAUGAAUGUGCUGAAUGUGGAAAGGCCUUCAGACACAAAGGCAAUCUAAUUCGACACUUAGCGAUACAUGACCCAGAUGCAACAGAAGCUGAGAAAGCAGAAGCUAUGUUGAUUGGACAACAAAAUGAGCUGAGCGAGGAUUAUGAUGGAGAAGAAAGCUACUCGGAAAGUGAGGAAAGUCUAAUGAAGCCAGUCCCAAUUGAUGUUGAAGGAACAAUUCAAGAAGGACAACAGGAAGGACAGCAGGUGGUGGUGUUUGAAGUGAUUCAACUGCCUGGUGGCGUUGAUGGAACUUCUGAUAACUCGGAACAAACACUUACUGAACUCCAGCAUGGUUCACUUUCAAUACCAAACAACCAAAGAAAUUCCCAGGAGAAUGUCACCAUUCUCCAGCAUGUUCAGAACCAAGAAGCCCAAGGCAAUGAGCUUAUGAAUAAUGAUGGUGCAUCUCUAGCUCAAGUUCCCAGAGAGUCUGCAACAGUUACAGAACUUAUUGAAGAACAAGCUCAUUCCAUUAUGACCUUGCCUCCUCCUGCCCCUACACCUCGUCGUCGUGGUCGUCCUAGAAAGUAUCCACUUCCUGCAGAAAGUCAGCCAACCCAGUCACCCUUUGCUGCCACUGCAACUCCUGAACCUGUUCAAGCAAGGGGAGAUGGCCAAGAGAACAAAAAAAACCAGGAGGUAGCUGUUACCAGAAGGAGAAAAACAGAAGAAUAUGUCGAACAGACAGAAGCAAAAAGGGGGAGAAUCCAGUAUGAAGAAGCUGACAAAGAGCAAGUGGAGCCAAAGGUUCCUCUUGUUCCCACCAAUCCUGAAGAAGUGGCUCGACGAGAAGAAGAAAUGAUGAGAAAGAGACAGGAACAGAAACAGAGAGACAUGGCAGAAUGCUUUGGUUUUGAUGAUAAUGAGGAUGAAGAAACAAUACUGGCAAUGCCUGCAGCUCCCGGAACCAAAGGUUUACAACCUGUGUGUCUGUGAAUGGGCCUGCUAAUACUGAGAGUACAGCUCCUCUACUGACUCCUUUACAACACAAUGGAAUGAGAGACACUGAGACAUAUAGAGAGGAGGAUGUGGACCAAAUUUCAUAAAAUGUUAGGUGUACUGGUGGACUUUUGUCGGCCUACAUGGAAUAUGGAUUAACACGUGACCUUAGACUGGGCUCUCUGGAGAAGGAGAAACUUGUGAACUUGACCAACUUUCAUUGAAAAUUACUGAAAACUUAAUGUUACUUUGGUUAGUCUCCUUGGAUGGUAGGUUUUCAUUAGUAGCCUUCACAUAGAAAAGGAUUAAUAUUCUCUAUGAAAGAGUAAAGUGAAGUAAUCUUCAUGAAAUGUGACAUGAAUGGAUGACCUUAAAAACCCUCCCAAAAUUUCAACAUGAUCCAGUAGAUUGGGCUCAUUCUCCCAAAAUUUACAUAAUUAGUGAAUUUUGGUGAACCUCUUUUUGAGGUUUUAAUGCCUAAAAUUAGUAAUAAGUGUUGUCUUGUAAGUUUGACAGUUAUCUCUUUAUCUUUGUAUCUGUGAAUAAAUCAGGAAUACAUUAACUAGAAAGUUUUCUUCAUAAAAGUAUUUCAGUUGUAUAAAUUUUUGUUGCUGUAAUUUUCAGUGGUUGAUAAAAUUGUUUUGGUUGAAGCAGUUAUAGUCAUGUAUUUUAAAACUUGCCAUGAAACACAUGGAAUUAUUAGUAAUAUUUUAUUUGCACUAUAAGCUCAAUUCAUGCAGAAUUUUAUGUCUCUUUGGGGGGGGGGGUGUUUGUAGUUACGGAGCAAAGUGUUAGCAUGUUAUGUCAUUGCUAAACAUCCCAUUUUGUCCGUUUGGACUAAUUUCUUGUAUUUUGGCGUUGUUAGUAUUUCAUAAGAUUCAAGUUCUUCAUGGAGAAUUUGGUGGUAAAGUUUGAAAUUGCAGACUGGUUGUGUUUUCUUUAUUGCAAUUUUUCGCAAACAAAUUAAAUCUUUAACUGUCAUAGGUUGUUAUUUUUUCUGAUACGAGUUUGAAAACUAUUAACUAGAACCAUUUCCUGCCACAUUAUAAUUGGAUAGUUUCUGAACAUUGCACUCCUACUAAAUAAAGCCAUGGUGAGUUCAGUUGUUCUUUAUCUGAAUCUGUAAUACAUCAUACGUGUGUAUUGAAAUAAAGUUUAGUUACCUUUA